UUGUUGUCAGCCUUUUCUCCUCCUCCCACCCGCGGCGGUCCUCGCAUCCCUGCGAGACAACAGGAUGGAGCGGAUGGAGUCGAUGGAGCCGAUCUCGGCCAACUACACCACGUCUUACCCGGAGAUCCAGCCCGACAGCGGCCUCGGCUCCGGGGAGAGCAGCGAGAAGCAGGCGAAGACCCCCACGGCUCCCACCUACGACGAGGAGCUGGUGCACAAGACUAUCCUGGUGGGGGACAGCGGUGUGGGGAAGACGUCCUUGCUGGUGCAGUUUGAUCAGGGCAAGUUCAUCCCUGGCUCCUUCUCUGCCACAGUCGGCAUUGGAUUCACGAAUAAAGUGGUGACUGUUGACGAUGUGAAGGUCAACCUGCAGAUUUGGGACACAGCAGGACAGGAGCGGUUCAGAAGCGUGACACAUGCGUAUUACAGGGACGCACACGCUUUGCUCCUUUUAUAUGACAUCACCAACAAAUCAUCUUUUGACAACAUCAGGGCAUGGUUAACAGAGAUCCAUGAGUACGCACAAAGCGAUGUCGUCAUCAUGUUGCUGGGCAACAAGGCCGACAUGAGCAGCGAUCGCGCCAUCAGAAGAGAUGAAGGAGAGCGGCUGGCAAGAGAGUAUUCGGUUCCCUUCAUGGAGACGAGUGCCAAGACGGGAGUCAACGUCGAGCUGGCCUUCAUAGCCGUGGCCAAGGACCUGAAGCACCGGGCCGUGCAGCACCCCAACGAACCCAAGUUCCAGAUUCACGAGUACAUUGAAGCGCAGAAGGAGAAGACGGGCUGCUGCAGCUACUUUUGAGUCUCAUCCCGGCUAAACGGACCGACAAAGACAAACCGAAGGCUCCUAAGGGGGAGGAAGUUGCUGGCGCCCACAAAAUAGCACGCUAUCAUUCAUGCAGGAUUGGAAGCCGAACGUAAAUCUGUCUUUGGAGUCCGAACUUAAGAAACAAGCUCUUAACUCACGGAGCCUGCGGUUUUUAUCUAACCAAUGGCAUAUUUUCCAAACCCUUAAAGUUAGGAGGAAAGGGCAUUUGUUAUCAACUAUCUUUUUCAGUCGUCUGCUGUUUAGUUUCAAGAAUACUUGUUAAAAUCUCUCUCUGGAAGAAAAAACCAUGCUAACGGUGGUCAGGUGGUUUUAUGGGUUCCAAGACAUGUCUGGGACAACAUCCGCCGUCAUUGCUGCCUUGAAUCUGCAGAGCACCAGUUCAGGUCACGUUUAUGUAAUACCACACUUCAACAACAAAAGUAAUCUCAAGGCACUUUACACAAAAUAUAAAUCAACAGCCUCACCAACAAGGGCAAUCCAGUUCUCUUCGAUUCUGAUCAAUUUCAAUCCAAUUCAAUGCACUUCAGUUCAGCGUCCACUUUUAAAGUCCGGCAACAACUUAUUGACAAGGCUGAAACAACCUCCAGUAGAAUUAGACUCAGGGAUGGGAGGGACGGCUAUCUGCCCGGACCGGCUGAACACUGAAGGAAUUGAUCCAGGAUGGGCUUUGAGGGGAAUUCGAAUGCACUGUGAAAAACUGAUGAAAUGAAAAGCUGCAAAAAAUAAGAGGAGAAGCAACGAUGAGCUUGAUGGAGAAUCGUGCAGAAAGGAGGAAGAGAAGCUUGUUGGUGCAUUUCCGCUCUUGUUGCAAAUAUAGCAAACUUGACAUGUUCUGUUCGCAGUUCUCAAAGCACAAAAUCAGAUUCUGUAGGCCCUCAUGUCGUAUCCC